CAUGUAUAUUGUAAAUAAUCAUUAAAAUGAUUCUCCUUUUAUGUAAUUACCAAAUAUUAGAAAAAGUUUAAAAUACAUUGAAUGAAAGUUUAACUAUGAAAUUGUUAUUAAGUUUGAUACUGUCAUCAUUGAUUGUUUGGUUAAGCAAAGUUGGUCUCACUUGAGCGUUUCUGUUGAGAAAGUUUAAAAAGUAACGGCUUCAGAAGCGAGAAGUCUUAUAAGAGAAAUUUCUUUUAAUAACAUUGUAAAAUAUGGAUUUAUUUAAAACACCGACAAAUAAAAAAUACAGAAGUAGAGUUAAAGAUAAUCCAGAGUUACAAACACCUAUAAAAAUACCGGCUUCGCCGUUUUUAGAACAGAUUGGUUAUGGAUGCGGGGUUAGUGUAUUUAAUUUGGAACGAUCGCCGAAAGUUGGCUUUGUUAGAUCACCAUGGGCAAUAAAGAAACGGAAUCGUAAAAUUCAGGAAAGUGAAAAAUACAAUGAACGCAUUCGAUUCGAAGCCGAAAUACUUCGUAAACUAAAUCAUCCGAAUAUCGUCGGUUUUCGAGCUUUUACUGAAAUGGCAAACGGCGAGCCAUGCCUAGCAAUGGAAAAAUUAGAUGCAUCAUUAGGUGAUAAGAUAGAAGAAAGGGCUGAAAAUGAUGAUGAUCCAUUUCCUGCCAAGGUUAUUUUAAAAAUCACAUAUGAAAUUGUAAAAGGAUUAGUAUAUCUUCAUCACACUGCCCAUAUUCUACAUGGUGACAUUAAAAGUUUUAAUAUAUUAGUUUCGGAAGAUUAUAAUAGAGUUAAGCUCUGUGAUUUUGGAGUAUCAGUACCAUUAACAGAAUCUUUAGUACUAGAUACUUCAAAAGGUGAUUUUAGAUAUAUAGGAACAGAGUGUUGGAGUGCACCAGAAAUUGUCAAUGAGACUGGUCCUGUUACAAAUAAGGCAGAUAUCUGGACAUGUGGAAUGGUUAUUUGGGAAAUGAUAGCUUUGUCACCACCUCAUGUAGAAAUGAGUGAUUCUUCUUUGGAUGAAUCAUGUUCAGAUGAAUCAUUAUUAGAAAUGCAAGGAAAAAAGGAAGAAAAGGUGGAUGAACAAAAUAUUAGUAUGGAUGAUGGUGUUGCAUUCUUCUCAGAAAUAGCUAAAUAUGGUACUCGGCCUCCAUUACCAGCUAUUAAUUUAGGGAAAGAAUAUCAAAAUGUACUUGAGAUAUUUUUUGCAUGCACUUGCGAAAAGUAUGAAGUGAGACCUAGUGCAAAAGGUCUUGAUAAUUAUUUUAAAAACUGUAUAUACAAAAUUCAGAAGUAAUAUAAUUUUACUUUCAAUAUAUUUUAUAAAGUACC